AUGGACCAGCAGACUACUAAAAAGGGAUCGUGCCUUCCAUUCGACGCGGCGUGCGCGACUUGUCAGCUACCGAUGAUGAUACACUCAGCUUCACUCGUGCCUAUUGUGCAGGUACUCGGGUGGGACUCGACUGGAGCAGUCGAAUUCAACGAUGUUGUUGGCAGCAACAACACUGCCGGCGGAAAUGGCGGAUGCUUCUACGGCUCAGGGAGGGGCAUUUUGAACGCAGGGACUUUCAUGCGAAGCUACGAAGGCAUUAAUGGGGCCGUCGCAUUUGCGGGCAGCUACAUCAGCGUGGAGGGAGGCAAACUCACGACGCACAGGGCCGUGGGCAGCGGUGGUUUCCUGUAUGCCGCGGCCGGCGCGAACGUCACGAUCAAGGGAGGAGCGAUGUCGAACAACGUGGCCGACAGGAGGGCUGGCGCGGUGCACUUCUCUGGAGAGUUCCUGGAUAUGGGAGGCUCCAAAGUCACGAUCGAGGGAGGAACCCAAAUGGUGAUCAGAUUGGCGCUCGGGCUGUUGCACUUGUGCUGCAAAUCCGUGCAACACUUCCAGUGGAUGUGGUGCGUGGCGACCCUUCUUUGGUUUCACGAUGCACAACUGAUGACGAAGUACACGCUUCGGCCGCACAUCUAUUUCACUCGCGUUCUUCCUUUGCCUGCCAGGUUUUUCGGCGGAUUCAUUUUUCUCGACGAAGAGGCUAGUCUCUCCUGCGAGGACUCCAGCUAUGACCUUAUUUGCAACCAAGCACCACAAGGAGCCGCCGCUUACCUUACCAGUAGUACCGUUGAGGUCGCCAAUUUCCAGAACCAUACGGUAUUCGAUACCGAAGCGUCUGGCAGUUACGUGGUGUACGUCACCGAGACCUCAGUCAUCGCGUCAGGCGUAAGCUUUCAGUCCGGGGUCAGCUUGCAGGAGGAUUCGUCCAACAGUGCCAUACAACUCGAGGGCGGAGCGACGCUCAUCGCGGAGGAAUGCGUAUUUGGCGGCUGGACGGGUGACAGCGUGAUCCAAAACGCCAACCAAACCGAAGGCUCCCUCGUCCUGGACAGCUGCGACUUCAGUGAUACCACUGCGACCAUGGUAGUCACCCUUGUGGGCGAUCUCACCAUCGAAGACGCCGCUGUGGUGAACAACUCGCUUGUUCUUGUAGACAGAGCCUUGCGCUGUGAGAGUCUCGGCAUCUGCGGGUCUGGAGAGUGUAUGGAUAGCGCGCUUGGCGUGCUUUGCGAGUGUCUCGAGGACGACGACGGGGAGUCGCUGAUAAUCCAUCAAUGCGUUCAUCAUGCGGCUUGUGUCGGUGCAACUCAGAUUCCGAGCGCACAGGACUACUGCGGCCAAGGGUACCAGGGUCCAUGUGCGCCGGCAACACCUGCCACUCUUGGAGGGUACCAAGUGAAGAUUGCUCACUGCGGCAGGAUCGUUGUUCGCUCUCGUGAUUCUGCUGUUGAUAAUCCUGGCGGUGGUGUAUCUUGUCGGGGGUCUCAAUGCCGUGGACUUCGGCGGUCGCUGUCUACCAGAUCUGUGCUGUUUGAUUGUGAUAGCAGCUCACACAAGGCAGGGUCUUCGGGCAAAUCCCCCGGGAGGGAUACGCUGGCUGACUCCGUUGCGCCAGCGUUGAAGGUGGCCUCUGAGGUUGAAGGACGUGGAGGGGAGGGAGCUGUGUCUCGCAAGGGCGUCACAACGGUACCUAUUUCGGAGGUCGACGUUUCGGAGAUGAAAUCUGAGGCGUCCAGCGAUACCGACAGCGAGGAUGACCACGCUCCGCCGAUGGCAAGGGGAGUCGGUGUUCCCCAGCAUCACUGCCGUGGAUUUUCCCCCUGCCUACGCCCGGUGGCCAUGGUGCUGGUGUUGACGUACUCGAUUACGAAACGCAGAGCAAGGGCUGGAUCAGCCGGGUCUCUCAGGAGGAGGGCGGCGUGGUCGCGGCACGUGGCGGCAGGGCUGUUGCGGUCAUUCUCGGUGUUCAUCGCUACCUCUAACAUGGCGUUCAAGACAUUCGCCUACGACGAUGAAGCGGUGGAGGGAGAGAGCUGCCUCAGGGCGGACUACAGCAUACAGUGCCACACCGACAAGCACGGGUGGUACAAGGUCUACGCUGAGUCGCUCAACCCUCGGGUGAAAACUGGCGCCGUCAUCAAUCCGAGAGCGGAUGGAAGCACAGCCCGAAUUACUUACAAGCCGAAGUACUCAGAGGAUCUUGAAGAAAAGUUGGAGAAGCGCAGGCGCAACCCCGACCUGAUUCCAUCCAUCACAUUUCCCCCUCAAUUCCUACCCAUGUUUGCUCCGGAUCCCGAAAUCUACUACUACGAGGUGGUCGAGUGCGGACGAAGGAUACUUCUGACUGGAGUACUGAUUUUCAUCUCACCAAACACGGCAGCACAAGUGUCCGCAGCUUGCAUGUUUGCCUUCGGAAGCCUUCUGUGCUUUGAGCUCUUGGGGCCCCAUCUGGAGCCCGUGGACUCGUGGUUGUACCGCCUGGUGAGUUGUGGCAACGAAGGCAGGCUCAGAAACUCAACCGUGGCCAUACUCGGAGCCUCUAAGAGUCAGGCAUUCUACACCCGCAGCUCUGACCUUUUUAAACGUUGUCCCCUCCUGGUGCUUGCCUGCUUCGAACUAGUUCCUACCCAUUUGCAGGGCUGCUUGUGCAUCUUCCUGAGCAAUUUUCUAGCUUUGUUGAUCAAGGUGGACUCUAGAGCGGACGGCAACCACGAUGUCGUCGGUGCUAUCAUGAUUGGAAUUAAUGUGUUCCUCAUCAUGGCGGUGCUGCUGGCCUCGUGGUUCUCCAUGCAGCAGACGAUGGAUGAGUACGUUGUCGCGGCGGGGACGCUGUUGGCGUUUGAACAGCUCUCUGUACACGCCGCCUCGCGCUUGCGCGCGUUGCAGGCUCCAACCCCUCGUCGACCGCCUCUUCGGCCGUCGGUGGUACCAGCUUGCCUCGUUCGUGCCGACACCUAG